AUGCAGUUCUCUCUCUCCGCCAUUGUCCUCGGCCUCGCCGCCACUGCCUACGCUCUUCCCCCUGCCGUCCCUGCCGCCGGUGGUGCUGGUAGCGGUAACGGUGUCGGCAACAAGGGCAACACUGACGUUCGCUUCUCUGUCCCCGACAACAUGACCGUCAAGCAGGCGCAGGCCAAGUGCGGUGACCAGGCUCAGCUCUCUUGCUGCAACAAGGCUGUCUACGCUGGUGACACCACCGACAUCAACUCUGGUAUCCUUGGAGGUACCCUCAGCAACCUCAUCGGUUCUGGUUCCGGUGCCUCUGGCCUUGGUCUCUUCGACCAGUGCUCCAAGCUGGAUCUCCAGAUCCCUGUUCUCAUUGGUAUCCCCAUUCAGGACCUCAUCAACCAGAAGUGCAAGCAGAACAUUGCUUGUUGCCAGAAUUCUCCUUCUAGCGCCAGCUCCGACCUCGUCGGUCUUGGCCUUCCCUGCGUUGCCCUUGGCUCCAUCCUCUAA